CAGAGACAUAAUGUCUGUAAGUGUUCUGAGCAGUGUCCGUGUGUGGGGUUCCCGCAACUUCAGCGUCUGGGCUCCCGCGCUCACCAAGGCCACAGAUCCUAUCCAGGCCCUGUUUGUUGAGAAGAUCCAGGAGUACAGCUCCAAGAAAACCGCUGCCGGGGGUAAACUAGUUGAUGCUACUAAACAGACUGAAGCUGAUCUUCAACAGGAAUUAGACAAGGUUGCAAAACAGUAUGGAGGUGGAGCAGGAGUAGAUAUGACUUCCUUUCCUUCAUUCUCCUUCCAGGAUCCUGUAAUUGAACCUAUCAACAUCUCUCAGUAAAUCUGCUAGAUCCGAUUAGAUCAGAUCGGUUGAUAAUUAUUUCAAUAAAUUUAUGUAACCUCUCCGAAUUUAUGUUCGAAAUAUACACUUAGUCGUUUUAGAAUAAAAUUGUUAAUUCAAGAAAUCUACGAAAUAUUUCAGAAAA